CUCAUGGGCAUCUGCUCACGUCGGCGUCGGCAGACACCACACUUAAGACUUGGGAUGCUAGAGCAGGAAAGCUUUUACGUCACCAUGUUGGCCACCAAGGACCCGUAUUUGACGCUGCGUUGGGUUUGGGUGGGACGGUGGUUGUGAGUGCAGGCGAUGACGGCAUUUGCUUGGUGUUUGGCACGGAUCAACCGUGAUGUAUGUGAGGCAAGCGGAUAGCCUGGCAUCUGGCGCGGCGUCGAUAAUGCGUAUAAAUCGCCCCUUAGACGUAGUUAUGGUAUACUUAGUUCGUCGCCCUUUUUGGGCUUGACCCAAAAAGGAAGCGUAAUCAGCACAGCCUCAUGCAUUCCUAAUCCCAGCCAAAUCUCAGCGAGGCCAAAAGACGCUGAAAGGGUUUCCGGACUCUACCACUUGUCGCAAGCAGCCACAGGAAUUAUCAACAGCAGUUGGAUGCCCUACUAAAAACAUACCUUAAGUGAUGGAUCGCCCAACUAAUCAACCCGAGGGCUCCUCACAGCGGAACUCCUUCACGUACAUUCUUUUGAUAACAUGGAUUGUUUUCAUGACCAGCGGCUUUGGGGAGGAUGUGACUACGCGGAGAGACUUGGAGGAUAUCCUGGAUAGGAUGGAGGACAGGAUAUCAAACUACUCAGCUUGGCUGAAUGGAACGAGUUCGAAUUUUACUCUGACACCCGAACCUCCUACUCUUACACCCCUGCUAAAUAAUAUGUUACCGCCCAUCGAUAUCCCGGACCCCAGAACUCAUUCAUAUUAUCGUAACAUCACUGGAUUUAUUGAAGGAAAGACCAAGGCUUAUAAUCUAAGUGACAAACAUCUUGGAUCGUCCUGGGCACCAUUUGCUGUGCCAUUCGCCAAUUCACUCAAUACUACAGAGACACAAGCAAACAUCGGUCUAUGGAAUAUCUCCGAGGCGAAGAAACUUUCUGCGAACGUGAGAGAGUAUGGCGCGUUGACCUCAAAUAACAUCCACUUCCUUCGAGGCACAGUGGAUUUUGCGGAUAGGGACUCCAGUAGGAUUGUCAAGUACGAACUUGACGCAGUACACGUAUUAGAAACUGGGACGUUGUACGGUUUUGCGAAGAAGUUGGGGAGUCGAACGGAUAUCCGUCAUGUGUCGGCCUUGGUCCCUGAGAGAUAUAGGAAUGAAACCGCGCAAGCGGUCCUUUCGGAGCUCGAGCAAAGACGAAGGAGACUGAAGGCAUUUCUACAAUCUGGACAAUCCGUUGACUCCGACGCAUCUCCAGACUCUGAGACCAAGCGUGGAUAUUGCUCAUACAUUUUCCGUGCUCAGCUGUUUCCUACCCCAGCACCUCAAAAUUUGUUACGGGAAUUCGAAGAAGAGAUCAUGCAACCUACUGGUCAACAAACUAUUCAGGCUGAACCCGCCGAACUGGAUGCGGUUUUCGUUAGCCAUGACUGUGGUGUGCUCGUCGAGAUGAAGAAGGGAACUACACUCAGAUCUGAUACCUUCUGGAGGAAGUCCGUUACAUAUUCUUCGGUUGCGUUUUGCCUGUACCUUGUCAUUGCAUAUUCCCUUGCAAAUCAAAUCGAGUGGACGCGCACCCCCGCUUCAAUUUCUCGCGUUUCAAGAUGGCCGUUUGUUAUCCAAGCUCUGGCCGACCUUUACGCUUUCCUCCUGCACAUGACCAUCGGGGUGACAUCGAAUAAUCGUGCAUCUCUUUCGUUGAUAGCACCAGGUUUCGUGGCAGCUGUUCUAUUCUUUGUUUUGGAGGUGCGUUAUGCGGUUCUUAUUCAUCGCAUUCAAGCUCCAGAAGAUGCAGCCGCUGCCGCCGCACGACCGUCCCCUCCCCCUCCUACGCCCGCGGCCGCCGCAGCAACAGCAGCAAUUAACCGUCGUCAGACAGCUGCGUCAGCUCCGCAAGUUGCUUCAUUGCCAACCAGAACCCCUGAAGAGCCCGCCCGAACAACGCCUCGAUUUCCACUCCUGCAUAUAAUUGUAAAUGUUAUUAGCGAACCACUGAUGGCCGGCUGGAUAUCGAUGAUUCUGUCUAUCAUCAUUCUGUUGCAGCUCAUGGUCAAUCCAAAGCUCAUACUGGGUGUUCUGUACGCGUUCCAUUCAUUUUGGAUACCUCAAAUCGUCAGAAAUGCAAAAAGGGGCACAAGGAGAGCAUUACGGAAGAGAUAUGUUUUAACUACUACAGUCUGCCGCGCCUUCUUCCCUUUAUAUGCUCUCGCAUGUCCGAAGAAUGUGUUAUUUUUCGAUACAGAUUAUCGGGUCUGGACCCCGAUCGCCUGGAUGAUCGUUCAGGUUGGCAUCCUCUUCGGUCAGGAAUAUUUGGGUCCAGCAUUUUUCUUGCCCGUCGGUUGGGAGCCUGCUAAGACGUACGAUUACCACGCUGUCAUCCCACUGCCCGAUCCUGAGACGCCCGAUCAAGCUCAAGCGCUCGGAGAUUGCUCGGUUUGUUUGGAACCAAUCGUGCACCAACCACCAGACGCGUCUCGCUCCGAUAAAGAGAAAGACCUGGGCACCACUAGCCUCCUUGGGACCUCGUUGAGACUAUACAGUAUCGCACCUUGUCAUCAUAUGUUUCACACUGCUUGCCUUGAGAAAUGGUUGGGUGUGAAGAACAUAUGUCCCGUUUGUAGGAGGCAUCUUCCGCCAUUGUAAUCCAAUUUCUUCA